AUGAGAGGAAAAGGCAGAUAUUUACAAUUGGGUGAUGGUGGAAAAUUAACUUGGAUAUCUGCCUCCCAAAUUGCCAACAAAGUCGUAGAAUAAAGUAUAACCUGCCUCUUUCAGACAAGGGGCUAUACUACAGAUGAAGAAGAGCUAUUGGUUCAUCUGGUCAUCCUUCCCUAUUCUGCUCCACAGAUAAUCCAAGAUUGUUUCCCAAAAUAACUUCUCUAAACCUAAAAAGUUCACAUAUAUCAAGUCCUUUAUAUUGGACUCCAUACCAGGCCUUGCCAUGUCCCACUGGAAAACUGUUAAUCUCCCUUCACAAUGGUAUACUAACAACACAGUACUCUUAUACGGAACUUUUCAUCAGUAGAUCUUAAAGCACUUUACAAAGGAAGGUCAGUAUCAUUAUUCCCAUUUUACAGAUGGGGAAUUAUUAGGCAAGGAUAGGUGAGGUGAUUUGCUCAAGGUCACUCAGACAACCAGUGGCAGAGCCACCAAUAGAACCCACAUCUCAAGUCCCAGUCCAGUACUCUAUCCACCAGGCAACACUACUUAGUAUAUGGGUAUAUAGCUUCCAUUUCUUGUCCUGCAGGGUCAAGAGAUAACAGGAUUGGAAGAUGUGGCAUUUUUGUGACAGAUGUGAGACCCUGGAAGUGUGGAAACCUCAAUAUCUCAUGUAUUGAGAUGAGCCAAAGGUUAUGGACCCAGGGGAUAUUCAUUGACUAUUGUAUCAACAAGCGUCAUGUGUAUUUCUGUGUUCCUGGUUCACUGGGUGGGGUUCCUAUGUAAUCUGGAAUCGCUUUGAGGAGGGAUGUUAAUAAUUAAUGCAAGUUCCCAAUGCUGCUUAUGCAGAUAUCCAGACCGGUGAAGCUACAUCCCUUUGGAGAAGUAGCAUUGACUUAAUUUACCUGAUUCAGGAGGUCUGAAAGACAAAAGCCCCAAACUGUACAGAGUCAGCUUGAUUUCAGGACAGCCCCAUUCUGCAACAAAGAACUGACAAAUUUAUAUAUGGACUGAUCAGGAUUUCAUGUGGAUGAUGGAAAUAGCUGGAAAAAAUGUGACAAUCAACGCCACCUACCAUGGCUUCAACACUUCACUGUAUGUCUCACAGGGUUGUCACACUACCACCUGUGAGGGUGUGGAGGUCGUCAAGCAACUUUAUAAUAGUGGCACACUUGGCUGCGUUGUCCUGGGACCCACUUGUACUUAUGCCACGUACCAGAUGGUCUCCGUUGACACAAUAUUGGGCCUCCCUCUGAUCUCUGCAGGGAGCUUUGGGCUGUCAUGUGACUACAAAGACAACCUAACUCGAAUCCUGACUCCAGCCAGGAAACUGAUCUACUUCUUAGUUGAUUUCUGGAAAGAGUCCAAAUUGCCAUUCAAAACCAGCUCCUGGGAAUCCACCUACCUCUAUAAGACAAAUAACACCACAGAAGACUGCUUCUGGUACCUCAAUGCACUGGAAGCUGGAGUCUCAUAUUUCUCUUCAGAGGUGAAGUUCAAAGAGGUUUUAAGGACACCAGAACAAUUAAAGAAAAUUGUGAAGGAUCAGAGCCGGAAAAGCAAUGUGAUCAUCAUGUGUGGCUCCCCAGAUGAGGUCAAGACAAUCCUAGGGGAAGAGAAAGUAGAUGAGGACAUAGUCAUCAUCCUGGUGGAUCUUCACAAUAACAUCUACUUUCAGAACAACACCAAAUCAGACAGUUAUAUGCGGAAUGUCCUUGUCUUGACGCUGCCACCACCCAGUUACACACUGAAUUCCACAAAUUCCACAGAAGAGCACCUGCUGAAUAAUGACUAUAUUGUCGGCUAUUUGGAUGGAGUCUUGCUCUUUGGACACGUCCUGAAGAAACUUCUGCUCUCCCAACAGCCAAUUGGGAGUCCCGCUGAUUUCAUUCAACAGUUUCGGAACAUCACAUUUCAAGGUGCACUGGGUCCAGUGACCCUGGAUGAAUUUGGAGAUCUUGAUGUCAAUUUGUCUCUAUUGUAUACAUCAGUAGAUACCUAUCACUUCAAGACCCUCCUGCAGUAUGACACUCAUCAGAAUAAGACAGAACCAAUGACUACCAGCCCAUCUUUCAGCUGGAGGAAACGGAAGCUUCCUAAUGAUAUUCCAAGCACUGGCCCGCACUUCCUGACUAUUGCUGUCUUUGCACUCACAGGGACCGUGGUGUUGGUUCUGAUCAUCGCUUUGCUGGUGUUGAGGAAGUACAGGAGAGAUAUUGCACUUCGGCAGAAGAAAUGGUCUCACAUACCACCUGACAAGAUCCUGCCUCUGGAGACCAAUGAGACAAGCCACGUCAGUCUGAAGAUUGAUGAAGACAAGAGGCGUGACACAAUCCAGAGACUGCGCCAAGCCAAAUAUGACAAGAAGGUGGUGAUCCUGAAAGAUCUCAAACACAAUGAUGGGAAUUUCACAGAGAAACAAAAGAUAGAACUGAACAAGCUCCUCCAGAUCGACUAUUACAACCUGACAAAGUUCUAUGGCACAGUGAAGAUGGACACGAUGAUCUUUGGGGUGAUUGAAUACUGUGAGAGAGGAUCAUUGCGGGAUGUCUUAAAUGAUAAGAUCUCCUACCCAGAUGGCACCUUCAUGGACUGGGAGUUUAAAAUCUCUGUCAUGUAUGAUAUUGCCAAGGGAAUGUCCUACCUGCACUCAAGCAAAACUGAGGUCCAUGGCCGCCUCAAGUCCACAAACUGUGUAGUGGACAGCCGCAUGGUGGUGAAAAUUACUGAUUUUGGCUGCAAUUCCAUUCUUCCUCCAAGGAAAGAUCUGUGGACAGCUCCUGAACACCUUCGUCAUGCUGAUGUGUCUCAGAAAGGUGAUGUGUACAGCUAUGGAAUCAUUGCACAGGAGAUCAUCUUGCGCAGGGAGACCUUCUACACUAACUUCUGCCGGGACCAUAAAGAGAAACUUUACAGAGUGGAGAGUGGCAAAGGAGUUAGACCCUUCCGCCCAGACCUGAUCCUAGAGACUGCAGGAGAAGGAGAGCUGGAAGUGUGUAUGCUUGUAAAAAGUUGCUGGGAGGAAGAUCCAGAGAAAAGGCCUGACUUUAAGAAAAUUGAGAGCACUCUGGCUAAAAUAUUCAGUAACUACCAUAGUCAGACCAAUGAAAGCUACAUGGAUACCUUGAUCCGGCGUCUGCAGCUGUAUUCCCGGAACCUAGAGCAUCUGGUAGAGGAGAGGACGGAGCUAUACAAGGCAGAAAGGGACAGAGCGGACAGGCUUAAUUUCAUGCUGCUCCCACGGCCAGUGGUAAAAUCUUUGAAGGAAACUGGGCGGGUAGAGCCAGAGCUGUUUGAAGCAGUCACCAUCUACUUCAGCGACAUUGUCGGCUUCACCACGCUAUGCCAAUACAGCACCCCCAUGGAAGUAGUGGACAUGCUCAAUGACAUCUAUAAGAACUUUGACCACAUUCUCGACCAUCAUGAUGUUUACAAGGUGGAGACCAUUGGUGAUGCAUACAUGGUGGUGAGUGGCUUACCAAAGAGAAACGGCAACCACCACGCAGUGGACAUCUCUAUGAUGGCACUGGAUAUCCUUAGUUUCAUGGGGUCCUUUGAAUUACGACAUCUUCCAGGCCUGCCUGUUUGGAUUCGCAUAGGGAUUCACUCUGGUCCAUGUGCUGCUGGUGUGGUUGGGAUUAAGAUGCCUCGUUAUUGUUUAUUUGGAGACACAGUUAACACAGCUUCAAGGAUGGAAUCCACAGGUUUACCUUUACGGAUUCAUGUAAGUGGGUCUACUAUUGCCAUCCUGAAGAGGACAGACUGCCAUUUCCAGUAUAAAGUGAGAGGAAAGACUUACCUGAAGGGCAAAGGAACUGAGAUUACCUACUGGCUGACAGGGGUGAAGGACCAGCAGUAUAAUCUCCCAACACCUCCUUCUGUGGAGAAUCAGCAGCGGUUGCAAGAUGACUUAGCAGGGAUGAUAACAGAGUCUCUGGAGAAAAGGCAAUCUGAAGGGGUCCUGGUGCGUGAGCCUUCCCGGGUGGCGAGCUACCGAAAAGGCACCCUAGAGUACCUGCAGUUGGCCACCACAGAAAACUCCGGCACCCAUCUGUAAAACUAGAUGUCUAGUGUGACAUAAAAACCAUGUACAGGCUACAGAAGAUACUACAUGGAGGCUGGAGACUUGCAUUCUCAGGGAGAGCUGCGGGGAAAACAAGACUGUUCUCUCUUUGGGAAAUGUCUCUACCACUUGGCUUUUUAAUCAGUGAAUCAGAUAAACCCUUUGCUGUGGUGCCAAAAUGUAGUUGCCUCUAUGCUUGCUGCAUCUUCCCAAUCACCUGAUUGCUUCACCCAGGCACAUCCACCCUGAUUUGGGGAAAGAGAAAAUAUUGUCUAAUAUUUUUAAAAUGUGAUCAGCUGUUCAGUGACCCAUUUCCCAAAGUCUUCUCUGUAGAGUCUUAAUUUAUCGUGAUUUUAAACUUAGUGUUUAACUUGUUGUUAUACUAAACAGAGAUUCUUCCUUAGC